AUAUUAAAAACCUAGGUAGGGAGCGUGAAGGACUCCACGAAUUCCGUUUGGAGGCAUCUUUGAGCUCGCCGAGUAAGCAUCAUGAGCAAAGCUCACCCUCCCGAGUUGAAAAAAUUUAUGGACAAGAAAUUAUCAUUGAAAUUAAAUGGUGGCAGACAUGUCCAAGGAAUAUUGCGGGGGUUCGAUCCCUUUAUGAAUUUUGUGAUAGAUGAAUGUGUGGAGAUGGCAACUAGUGGGCAACAGAACAAUAUUGGAAUGGUGGUAAUUCGAGGAAAUAGUAUCAUCAUAUUAGAAGCCUUGGAACUAGUAUAAACAAUGGGUGUGUUCACCAGAAGAA